CGCUCCUCGGCACGCAGAGUCUAAUUAGAGUUUUGUUUCUGCUUCUGGGAGGAGGCGAGCGGCCGCUUUGGUGGGGACUGUUGCUUUUCGGCCUCUUCUACCCCUCCCGAAAAGUGCCUUUAUUUUUAUUUUUUUCCCUUCGUUGCAUCACAGACUCAGUGACUUCUCAUAUUUCUGUCUUGACCCCCUCCAGCUUCUGACGUUGACUUCUCUGCACCUUAAACGAUGCUGGAGUCCUAUGUGACUCCGAUUUUAAUGAGCUAUGUGAAUCGCUACAUCAAGAACUUGAAGCCGUCAGACCUGCAGCUUUCACUGUGGGGCGGAGAUGUGGUGCUCAGCAAGCUGGAGUUAAAGUUGGAUGUGCUGGAACAGGAACUGAAAUUACCAUUCACUUUUUUAAGUGGACAUAUUCACGAAUUGAGGAUCCAUGUACCAUGGACAAAACUGGGCUCAGAACCAGUGGUAAUCACCAUUAACACAAUGGAAUGCAUUUUGAAACUUAAAGAUGGAAUGCAGGAUGACCAUGAAAGCUGUGGUUCUAAUUCUACCAACCCUAGUACUACUGAGAAUACAAAAUCAUCAGUGAAACCUCGAAGAAUUCAGCAGGCUGCUCCCACAGAUCCUGAUUUGCCACCAGGUUAUGUACAGAGUCUGAUUAGACGAGUUGUAAAUAAUGUAAACAUUGUUAUAAAUAAUCUCAUACUGAAAUAUGUUGAAGACGAUAUUGUUCUUUCAGUCAACAUAACUUCUGCGGAAUGCUAUACUGUAGGUGAAUUAUGGGAUCGUGCAUUCAUGGAUAUUUCUGCCACUGAUCUGGUGCUGAGAAAAGUUAUCAACUUUUCAGACUGUACAGUUUGUCUUGAUAAACGGAAUGCUAGUGGCAAAAUAGAGUUUUACCAGGAUCCUUUAUUAUAUAAAUGUUCCUUCAGAACUCGUCUGCAUUUUACGUAUGAUAACCUAAAUUCCAAGAUGCCAUCUGUUAUUAAAAUUCACACCUUAGUAGAGAGUUUGAAACUUUCUAUCACAGAUCAACAACUGCCUAUGUUUAUCCGUAUAAUGCAACUUGGGAUUGCUCUUUACUAUGGAGAAAUAAGCAAUGUUAAAGAUGGAGAAACUGAAGACUUUACCUGUCAUAAUAAAGAUAUGUCAGGAAACAUAACAGGUGUUGAAGAUGAAACAAGAAUAGAAAUGCCUUAUCCUUCUCAGUACAAAGGUCAAGAGUUGUAUUCACAGCAAGAGGAUGAACAGUCACAGGGAUGGGUAUCAUGGGCCUGGUCAUUUGUGCCUGCAAUUGUGAGUUAUGAUGAUGGUGAGGAAGACUACCUUGGAAAUGAUCCAACAUCAACCAUGCAUCAGCAGAAAUCUCAGACUUUGAAGGAUCCUAUUGUUUCUAUAGGAUUUUACUGUACAAAGGCAACAGUGACUUUCAAACUCACUGAAAUGCAAGCUGAAAGUAGUUAUUAUAGCCCUCAAAAAGUAACAUCUAAAGAAGUAUUGUGUUGGGAACAAGAAGGAACCACAAUUGAGGCCCUUAUGAUGGGAGAGCCUUUCUUUGAUUGCCAGAUUGGUUUUGUAGGUUGCAGAGCCAUGUGCCUUAAAGGAAUUAUGGGUGUUAAAGAUUUUGAAGAGAAUAUGAAUAGGAGUGAAACUGAAGCCUGUUUCUUCAUUUGUGGUGAAAAUUUGAGUAUGAAAGGCUUGACAUACCUUACAAAUUCACUGUUUGAUUACCGAAGCCCAGAAAAUAAUGGUACUCGUGCAGAAUUUAUCUUGGAUGCAACUCAUCAUAAGGAGACAUAUACUGAGGUAGCUGGGAUGCAAAGGUUUGGGGCUUUCUACAUGGAUUACCUAUAUACAAUGGAGAACAGCAUUGGCAAAGGUUCUGCAAAUCAACAAGACUUUUCUUUAGGAAAAAGUGAAGAUUUGGGAAUAGUUCAGGAGAAGUCUACCAAAAGCCUUGUUAUAGGUCCUCUUGAUUUUCGCUUGGAUAGCAGUGCAGUACAUAGAAUUUUGAAAAUGAUUGUUUGUGCCUUGGAACACGAAUAUGAACCAUAUAGUGGGCUAAAACCAGAUAUUAAAGAUGAAAAUGAAACAAUACUGAGUUUGGAAGAAGUGGCAUCUUUGGAGGAGUAUAUUCCUACUCGACAUACAAGUAUUACUCUCCUCAAAUGUACCUGCACAAUUUUUAUGGCUGAAUUCAAUUUGCUAGAUCAUUUGCUACCUGUCAUUAUGGGAGAAAAGAACUCAAGUAACUUCAUGAAUACGACAAACUUCCAACCUCUUCGGCCUUUACCAUCUAUUCAGAUAUUGGUGGAUAAAAUUAAUCUGGAACAUUCUGUGCCAAUGUAUGCUGAACGUUUGGUGCAGGUGGUCAGCAGCCUUACUCAGCCUUCUGAUAAUCUGCUUCAUUAUUGCUAUGCACACUGCUACCUUAAGAUAUUUGGUUUCCAGGCAGGACUGACGUCUUUGGAUUGUAGGGGAUCUUACUGCUUACCUGUACCAAUUAUUCCCUCUUUCAGUACUGCUCUGUAUGUUAAACUUCUGAAACUACCCACAUGCUGGACUAAAAGAUCUCAGAUUGCUAUAACUGAAGGUAUAUUUGAACUUCCAAAUCUUACAAUUCAAGCUACAAGAGCACAGACACUUUUGCUGCAAGCAAUAUAUCAAAGUUGGUCUCAUAUUGGAAGUGUCAGCUCUUCAGUAGUGAAUGAAGCUUUGAUGAAUGAAGUUUUCCAAACUAUAGGUGUGAAAUCUAAGAAUCCCCUGCCAACUCUUGAGGGCUCAAUCCAGAAUGUUGAAUUGAAGUACUGCAGCACAUCAUUGGUCAAAUGUGCCUCUGGGACCGUGGGAUCAAUAAAAAUUUGUGCCAAAGCCCCAGGUGAGAGUGGAAAAGAGAAAUUGAUUCCAUUGCUUCAAGGUCCUUCUGACACUAAAGACCUUCAUAGCAGCAAGUGGCUCAAUGAGAGUAGGAAGCCAGAAUCCCUCUUAGCUCCAGAUUUGAUAGCCUUUACAGUACAAGUUCCCCAGUAUAUGGACUACUGCCACAACUCUGGUGCGGUUCUGCUUUGUAGUGUACAAGGACUAGCAGUUAAUAUUGAUCCAGUCUUAUACACCUGGCUCAUUUAUCAGCCUCAGAAACGAACCAGUCGGCAUAUGCAGCAGCAGCCUGUGAUUGCUGUUCCUCUUGUUAUGCCAAUUAGCAGAAGGAAAGAGGAUGAGGCAUCUGUUGGAAGUGCGCCCUUGGCAAAGCAGCAGUCAUAUCAGGCCUCUGAGUACGCCAGCAGUCCUAUAAAAACAAAAACAGUAACAGAAUCCAGACCAUUGUCAGUUCCUGUGAAGGCCAUGGUGAGUAUAACUGAAGGUGGUAGAAGUCCUGAAGAAAGAAUGAAAGAAUUUAUUGGAGCAGUAUGGAAUGCUGUAAAGAGGCUCACACUGCAGCUUGAAGUACAGUCUUGUUGUGUGUUCAUUCCAAAUGAUAGCCUGCCUUCCCCAAGUACAAUUGUAUCUGGUGACAUCCCUGGAACAGUAAGAAGUUGGUACCACGGACAAACCAGCAUGCCAGGAACCCUUGUGCUCUGCUUGCCUCAACUAAAGAUUAUUAGUGCUGGCCACAAGUAUAUGGAGCCUCUGCAGGAGAUUCCAUUUGUCAUCCCAAGACCCAUCCUUGAAGAAGGUGAUGCUUUUCCUUGGACUAUUAGCUUGCAUCAUUUCAGCGUAUACACCCUUUUUGGAAAACAAGUGACACUUUGCCUAGUGGAUCCUAUGGGUUGUACCUCUACUCUAGCCGUGACAUCUCAAAAACUACUCACAACAGCACCUGAUGCAAGACAUUCAUUUGUUGUCUGCCUCCAUGUUGACCUAGAGUCGCUUGAGAUAAAAUGCUCAAAUCCCCAGGUGCAGCUGUUGUAUGAGCUAACUGACAUUAUGCGUAAAGUGUGGAAUAAGAUUCAGAAGAGAGGCAGCCUCAGUGCUUCAGCCUAUCCAGAGACCAUGGCUGGGCCUGUUCCUAGUUCCCCAGUGAGAAGCAGUGUGGGCACGGCUCCUCCAGACACCAGCACAUGCAGCCCAUCUGCUGACAUUGGAACUACUACUGAGGGAGAUUCUGUACAAGCAGGUGAUGAUUCACCAUUCUCUGAUUCUGUUACCUUGGAACAAACAACAAGUAACAUUGGUGGAUCCAGUGGACGUGUUAGUCUAUGGAUGCAGUGGGUACUGCCCAAAAUUACGAUAAAACUCUUUGCUCCAGAUCCCGAAAAUAAAGGCACAGAGCUUUGUAUGGUCAGUGAACUAGAAGACCUCAGUGCCUCCAUAGAUGUCCAGGAUGUAUAUACCAAAGUGAAAUGUAAAAUAGAAAGUUUCAAUAUUGAUCACUACAGAAGCAGGCCAGGGGAAGGUUGGCAGUCAGGACAUUUUGAAGGAGUAUUUCUACAGUGCAAAGAAAAACCUGUGCUUCUGGGGCAAUGUGGAGGUGUCUUCCUUUCCUGUACUGACAAGCUGAACAGACGCACCUUGUUGGUUCGACCCAUCAGCAAGCAGGACCCUUUCAGUAAUUGCUCUGGCUUCUUUCCUUCUACAACUACAAAACUUCUAGAUGGCUCUCAUCAGCAGCAUGGAUUUCUUUCUUUGACGUACACAAAAGCUGUAACAAAAAAUGUCCGCCACAAGUUAAUAUCAAGAAAUGAGCGAAGAAGUUUCCAUAAAUUAUCUGAAGGUCUAACGGAUGGGUCCCCUCAUUUUCUUCAUGAAAUUCUUCUCUCAUCACAAGCGUUUGAUAUUGUCCUGUGUUUUCCUUUACUUAAUGCCAUUGCAAGUAUAUUUCAAGCAAAAUUACCAAGGACCCAAAAAGAGAAAAGAAAAUCUCCUGGUCAGCCCAUGAGGACCCAUACAGUAACUUCACGCAAUUUACCUUUGAUUUACAUCAACACAAGCGUAAUCCGAAUUUUUGUUCCAAAAACAGAAGAAAUGCAGCCAAGCAUUGAAGUUAAUCAGGCAGCAAAAGAAGACACCAUGGUUUUGAAGAUUGGCUCUGUUGCUAUGGCUCCCCAGGCUGACAAUCCCCUCGGCAGAUCUGUCCUCAGGAAAGACAUUUACCAGAGAUUUAGGGAAGAUACUAGUAUCGUGUUGACAUUCUUGACUAAGAACCCAGCCCUGGAAUGGAAUAUGGCCAGCAGCAUACGGCGGCAUCAAGAAAGAAGGGCAAUUAUGACUCCCAUUUUAACAGAUUUUUCUGUCCGAAUAACUGGAGCACCUGCCAUCAUUUUCACCAAAAUAAUUUCUCCAGAAAAUAUGCACACUGAGGAGAUUUUAGUGUGUGGCCAUUCCUUGGAAGUGAAUAUAACCACAAACCUGGAUUUCUUCCUGAGUGUGGCUCAAGUUCAACUCUUACAUCAGUUAAUAGUAGCAAAUAUGACUGGACUGGAACCAUCAAGCAAGGCCACAGAGAUCUCUAAGCAAGAACAGAAAAAAAUGGAUACAUUUGAUGGGAGCGUGGCUGACACCUCAUCUCGGUGCAGUGGUGCCCAGGACAGCGGCAUUGGCAGUGACAGUGUUAAAAUCAGAAUAGUGCAAAUAGAGCAACACAGUGGUACCAGUCAGCACCGCAUCGCCCGUCCCUCUCACCAGUCAUCCAUUGUAAAAAACCUAAAUUUCAUCCCCUUUGACAUAUUUAUUACUGCAAGUAGGAUCUCACUAAUGACAUAUUCCUGCACGGCCUUACCCAAAUCGAAAUCGCAAGAACAGAAGGAUAAUGAAAAAACAGGCAAGAGCUCAUUAAAUCUCCCAGAAGAUGAUUCAGAUGUUACUAAAUCCAGUGAGGCAUGUCUUUCCACAGUCACAGCAGAAGAUCUCUUAAGCAGCAAUGUGCCGUUUCCCGCGGGGAAAAAAAUAGGGGCCAUCUCUCUUGAAAGUCUUCAUGCAACCACAAGGUCAUCUGCGAGACAGGCACUCGGUGUAACUAUCGUUCGGCAGCCGGGGCGAAGAGGGGCCGGCAAUUUGCAGCUAGAACCCCUUUUACACGUCAUUGUCUCCCAGCCGUCUUUGCUUCUGAGUUGUCACCACCGGAAGCAGAGAGUGGAAAUGACCAUUUUUGAUGCUGUGCUUAAAGGGGUAGCCUCCGAUUACAAAUGUACAGAUCCUGGGAAGACUCUGCCUGAAGCCCUUGAUUACUGCACAGUUUGGCUACAGACGGUGCCUGGAGAAAUAGACAGCAAAAGUGGUAUUCCACCUUCCCUGGUAAUGCUACAAAUUAAAGACUUUCUUAAUGGACCAGCUGACAUCAACUUGGAUAUAUCAAAGCCUUUGAAAGCAAACCUGAGUUUUACCAAGCUGGAUCAGAUCAACCAUUUUUUAAAGAAGAUCAGAAGUGCACACGGCAACGAGACUUUGGCGCCGUCGGACACCGUGCGGCUUAAGGAUGAGCUCCCAGCCUCCAAAUGUUACCGUGGGAAGUUGUCUAAAUCCAAAGUUCAUGGUGAUGCAGCACGAAAGGUUCCAUUUCGGGAAAACAUGUGGAGAGCUGUUUCCUGCUUUCAAAAAAUUUCUGUCCAUACUACUCAGAUUGUGGUCGCCAUGGAAACUGUCCCCCAUCCUAACAAGCCUUGCCUGUUGGCAUCUUUGUCGACCCUCAGUGGAAGCCUGAAUGUUAAAGCGGCACAAAAAGUACCUGGUAUGAUUCUUGGGUCAUCAUUUCUACUCAGCGUAAAUGAUUUUCUCCUUAAAACAAGUCUCAGAGAAAAAAGCCGGAUUCUGAUAGGACCAUGUUGUGCGGCUGCCGAUGUGGAAGCUAGGUGGUGUAAACACAGUGGCAACCCAGGCCCAGAGCAGUCUAUACCCAAAAUAUCCAUAGAUUUGAGCGGGGGUCUUCUACAGGUUUUCUGGGGUCAAGAACAUUUGAAUUGUUUAGUUCUUCUACAUGAGUUACUCAAUGGAUACCUUAAUGAGGAGAGAAAUGUUGAAGUUUCUGAAGCGGUGCCACAUGUGCCACCUCCUGUGGAAAAGAACCAGACAUUUAAAAGUGAACAAAGUUCCGAUGACCUGCGGACGGGUCUUUUUCAGUAUAUAAGAGAUGCCGAACCUUUGAAAAUGCCUGGUGUCUAUGAAGUGUUGUUUUACAACGAAACUGAAGAUAGCCCGGGAAUGAUGCUAUGGAGAUUCACACAUAUCUUAAAGGAAGUCUUGCUGUCCCCUGGGGCUCUCUGCACCAUUGUGACCGCUGAGGUGGAGGCUGUUGAUUCUCUGGGAUCCCAUGGUCAGGAGAUUCCUUGCAGUUUGGAAUACUGGGAUGAACUCCAGAAGGUUUUUGUUGCAUUUCGAGAAUUUAGUCUGUCUGAAAGCAAAGUGUGUGAACUGCAGUUGCCAGAUGUCAAUCUUGUGAAUGACCAGAAGACACUGGUAUCCUCGGAUCUUUGGAGAAUUGUCUUGAACAGCAGUCAGAACGGAGCUGAUGACCAAAGCUCUGCAAGUGAAUCUGGUUCUCAAAGCACUUGUGACCAGCUUGUAACACCAACGGCCCUGGCUGCUUGCACCCGGGUGGACUCCUGCUUCACCCCGUGGUUUGUCCCAUCUCUUUGCAUUUCCCUCCAGUUUGCUCACCUGGAGUUCCAUCUCUGUCAUCACUUGGACCAACUAGGCACAGCUCCGCCGCCCCACCUACAGCCGUUUGUUUCGGAUAAAAAUGUGCCACCUGAGCUGGAGUACAUGAUCAUUUCCUUCCGAGAGCCACACCUGUAUCUCCGGCAGUGGAGCAACAGUCCCGUCUGUCAGGAGAUCCAGUUCUCAGCCCACGCAGACUGCAAGCUUCUGGAGUGCAGGAACGUGACGAUGCAGAGCCUGGUGAGACCCUUCAGCGUCUCCGGACAGAUGGCCGUUUCCAGCGAUGCAGUGGAAAAGCGGCUCGACUGCACCGUCAUCGUCGAUUCUGUGUUUGUAAACUUCGGGCAGCACGCGGUUCACUCCCUAAACACUGCGGUGCAGGCGUGGCAACAGAACCAAUGCCCUGAGGUGGAGGAGCUGGUCUUCAGCCAUUUUGUGAUCUGUAACGACACCCAGGAGACGCUGCGGUUUGGCCAGGUGGACACUGAUGAGAACGUCCUGCUGGCGAGCCUCCACCGUCACCAGUACAGCUGGCGCUCGCACAGAUCCCCACAGCUGUUACACAUCUGUAUCGAAGGCUGGGGCAAUUGGCGUUGGUCAGAGCCCUUCAGCGUGGACCAUGCCGGGACUUUUAUUAGAACUAUUCAGUACAAGGGUCGAACUGCUUCACUCAUCAUCAAGGUUCAGCAACUCAGUGGAGUGCAAAAACAGAUUAUCAUCUGUGGAAGACAGAUCAUCUGUAGUUACUUGUCUCAAAGCAUAGAACUGAAAGUCGUCCAGCAUUACAUGGGUCACGAUGGACAAGCUGUGGUUCGAGAACAUUUUGACUGCCUCACAGCCCAGCAGAAGUUGCCUUCCUACAUCCUGGAAAACAGUGAGCUGACGGAGCUGUGUGUGAAGGCCAAAGGAGAUGAAGACUGGUCGAGGGACGUGUGCCUGGAGUCCGCCGCCCCCGAGCACAGCGUUGUCAUCCAGGUGCCAUCUUCAAACAGCUCCAUCAUUUACGUCUGGUGCACUGUUCUGACUUUGGAACCCAACUCUCAAGUGCAACAGCGACUGAUUGUGUUCAGCCCUCUCUUUAUCAUGAGGAGUCAUCUUCCAGACCCCAUUAUCAUACAUUUGGAGAAAAGGAGUCUGGGAUUGAGUGAAACACAGAUUAUUCCAGGAAAAGGGCAGGAGAAACCACUGCAAAACAUAGAGCCUGACCUUGUGCAUCACCUCACAUUUCAAGCAAGAGAAGAAGAUGAUCCUUCACAUUGCGCUGUCCCCAUCUCAACGUGCCUCGUUAAGCAGAUAGCUUCGAAGGCGCACCCGGGAGGUCCCAUUCACCAGAUCCUUGAUGACUUCUACGGGCCAGAGAAGUCCCUUCACCCCCUGUGGCCCUAUAGCAGGAAGGAUACUGACAGGAACGAGCAGCUCAGUCAGUGGGACAGCCCGAUGCGCGUGAAGCUGUCAGUCUGGAAGCCACAUGUUAGAACCUUGCUGAUAGAGCUUCUCCCCUGGGCCCUGCUAAUCAAUCAGUCCCAGUGGGACCUCUGGCUGUUUGAAGGAGAGAAGAUUGUUCUGCAGGUUCCUGCUGGCAAAAUUAUUAUUCCUCCUAAUUUUCAGGAAGCUUUUCAAAUUGGAAUAUACUGGGCAAAUACAAACACUGUGCACAAGUCAGGAGCAGUUAAACUGGUUCAUAACCUGACAUCUCCAAAGUGGAAAGAUGGAGGGAAUGGCGAAGUUGUGUCACUGGAUGAAGAAGGGUUUGUUGAUGCUGAAAUAAGACUCGGUGCUUUCCCAGGACAUCAGAAGUUGUGUCAGUUCUGCAUUUCCUCCAUGGUACAGCAGGGCAUACAGAUUAUUCAGAUUGAAGACAAGACUACAGUAAUCAAUAAUACCCCAUAUCAAAUAUUUUAUAAACCACAGUUACUUGUCUCCAAGCCCCAUUCUGAAAUAGAGUAUUUUCGCGUUCCCGACAGCACUACCUUCAGCAUUUGCCCAGGUGGCGAGCAGCCUGCUGUGCACUGCAGCUCCCUUCCUUGCUGGGAUUUAAUGUCUGACCUCAGUCAGUCAGCGUUGGAUGCAUCUCUGCUUCAGAAACAGAUCUCUCUGGCCUUCUCUCCGGCCACAGGUGCCGGCAGCUCCCAGUGCUGGAGCCUGACGGCUGUGGUUCCGCAGGACUUUCCCAGGCAGAGUGUGGCCGUGCCCGUCGGCAGUCGCAGGGAAGACGGAUUCUGUACCAGGGCUAUUGCACUGACAUAUCAAGAACACUUUGGAGUGACUUAUUUAACCUUCUCAGAAGACCCUAGUCCUCGAAUCAUUUUCCAUAACAGAUGUCCAGUAACAAUAGUGAUUAAGGAAAAUAUUAAAGAUAUUCCAAAGUUUGAGGUUUAUUGCAGAAAAGUCCCUUCUGAGUGCUCAGUCCAUCAUGAGCUUUAUCAUCAGAUUUCCAGUUACCCAGACUGCAAGACCAGAGACCUCCUCCCCAGCCUCCUGUUGAGGGUGGAACUCCAGGAUGAAAUGACGACCGAGUGGAGCGAUGCCAUUGACAUCAACAACCAGGGAACGCAGGUUGUGUUCCUGACUGGCUUUGGCUAUGUGUACGUGGACAUUGUCCAUCAAUGUGGCUCCAUCUUCAUCACUCUGGCCCCAGAAGGAAAAGCAGGACCUAUUGUAACCAAUACCAACAAAACGCGGGCCAGGACUGUGGCGUUGAAGAUGUUCGUCACUCGGCUGAGCCUGGCCGUGUUCGAUGACCUCACCCACCACACGGCCGCCUCCGAACUGCUGAGACUCACGCUGGACAACGUUUUCCUCCAAGUGGCCCCGGCGGCCGGUCCCCUCCUGGGGGAAGAGCCCAGCCCGGCGCCCUCCCAGCUGUACUGUGCGGAGGUGUGCUGUGGGGACCUGCAGCUGGACAACCAGCUGUACCACAAGUCCAACUUCCACUUCGCCGUCCUGGUCUGCCAGGGAGAGAAGCCAGAGCCCGCCCCGGGCCCCAGCACGCAGAGCCUCCUGGCGUCCGGCGGCGACGUGGAGGAGUGCAGGAGGAAAAGCUUCAUCCGUCUGGGCCUCACCUUCGCUGAGGGCGAGAGCUUCCUGUGCGACAUUCACGAGCUCAGCUUUGAGCUGAAACCGGCCCGGCUGUACGUGGAAGACACGUUUGUCUACUACAUCAGAACUCUGUUCGAGACCUACCUUCCUCACAGCAGCCUGGCCGGCCCCCCCACCCUGUCCCCGGGGGGCUCACAGGCUCUGCCCGUGCAGGUGAGACAGCACGCCAGGGCCCUGGUGAACCCCGUGAAGCUGCGGAAACUGGUGAUCCUGCCCGUGAGCCUCCUUGUCAGCAUCCACGCCUCCCUCAAGCUGUACAUCGCCUCCGACCACACUCCGCUCUCCUUCUCGGAGUUUGAAAGAGGCCCCGUCUUCACCACGGCCCGGCAGCUCGUCCACGCCCUGGCGAUGCACUACGCCUCGGGGGCUCUUUUCCGAGCAGGCUGGGUGGUUGGAUCCCUGGAAAUCCUCGGCAGCCCGGCCAGCCUGGUGCGGAGCGUGGGCAACGGCAUCGCCGACUUCUUCCGGCUCCCGUACGAGGGGCUGACCCGCGGCCCCGGGGCCUUCGUCAGCGGCGUCUCCCGUGGGACCACGUCCUUUGUGAAGCACAUUUCCAAAGGUACCCUUACCUCCAUCACCAACCUGGCCACGAGCCUGGCCCGAAACAUGGACCGGCUGUCCCUCGAUGAGGAGCACUACAACCGGCAGGAGGAGUGGCGGCGACAGCUCCCGGAGAGCCUGGGCGAGGGCCUCCGACUGGGCCUGUCCCGGCUGGGCAUCAGCCUGCUCGGUGCAAUUGCUGGCAUCGUCGAUCAGCCAAUGCAGAACUUCCAGAGAACGUCCGAUGCUCAGGCUUCAGCGGGACACAAGGCCAAGGGCGUGAUCUCAGGCAUGGGGAAAGGCAUCAUGGGGGUGUUCACAAAACCCAUCGGAGGAGCUGCCGAGCUCGUGUCGCAGACUGGCUACGGCAUUUUACACGGAGCUGGACUUUCUCAGCUUCCCAAACAGCGCUACCAGCCAAGUGAUCUACAUGCUGCCCAGGCUCCUAACAGCCACGUCAAAUACGUCUGGAAAAUGCUUCAGUCUCUGGGCAGACCUGACGUCCACAUGGCCCUGGAUGUGGUUCUGGUGAGGGGCUCUGGCCAGGAGCACGAAGGGUGCCUGCUGCUAACGUCGGAAGUGCUGUUCGUGGUGAGUGUCAGCGAGGACACGCAGCAGCAGGCCUUCCCCGUCACGGAGAUCGACUGUGCACAGGACAGCGUGCAAAACAACCUGCUCAUCCUGCAGCUCAAGCAGCCAAGAGCAGCCUGUGAUGUGGAGGUGGACCGAGUCCGAGAAAGACUGUCGGAACAGCAGUACAACAGGCUGGUGGACUACGUCACCAAGACGUCUUGCCACUUGGCCCCCAGCUGCUCGUCCACGCAGACACCGCCAUGCCCUGUGGUGCCUGUGGAACCGCUCCCCUCCAACGUGAAAACAUACCAUUACCUGGUCGACCCGCAUUUUGCUCAAGUCUUCAUCAGUAAGUUCACCAUGGUGAAAAACAAAGCCCUGAGGAAGGGGUUCCCGUGAGUCCCCUCGCCUGAGGUACCAGUUCCUGCUUAUGCAGCAUCUGUUUUAAUAAGAAACCUAAAUAGCUCUUAUGGACACAAGGCCAACACCUUUCUACAGUAACUUUUUGGUCUCUUCUAAAAUUAAUUCAGAUUCGUCCACCCUAAAACUAAGAUACUUGAAUAAAAUGGAGUGAAAAACCUUUUUCCAUUUGGGGACAGUUGACUAACAGAAUCCUGUGGGCUGCAGUCUUACCACAGUUGAAAAUACAUUCUUUUUUGCUCUAUGAUAUUUGCUACAAUUUUUACUAUAAUGAGGAUCUAUUAACACUCAGCUAAUGUAAAAGAUGGUCAGGCCUUAGAAUGGAGAGACAUUGAAACAUCAUUUCUAAUGACAUUGUCUUUGCUGAAUACCCUGAUCUGCAAAAGUUUGGUCUCUUUAAAUGAAAUUAAGUAUUUAGGAUUUUAUUGUUUAACUUGUUAAAUCUGUUACUUGUAGGUGCUGGUAUUCUUUAAGUGAAAGCUGCUGUGUAUAUUCCUUAAAGUCUGCAUUUUAUUGAAUUUACCAAGCAUUCUGAUGCCUGUCCAGGUACAUUCUGGAAAAAUGUUUUUCUAUUUUGUUUUACUAGUCACACUUAGAGUGAGUCUUGUGUCUACUGAUACCAACAGACCUGGAGUGCUCAAGUGAGUCUCUUUAGUCUUAGAAACAAAACACUACUGGGAACAUUCCCUUGUGGAAAGGGUGUAGCUGAAGGGGAGUGAAGAACCCCAUCAUUAACCUUAUCAAUGAACCAGACCAAAUAUUUUCUUUUGCUUUUAACAACAGGUUUGGCUCAAGAUCCUGGGUCACCAGAUAUUUAGUAUUUGGUAAAUAUCUCAACUCCAAUGAAACAUGUUUUUAUUGAUUACAUAUUAACUUGGGCCUACAACCUGUUACCUAUCAUUGUGAGACACUAAAGAAAAUUCAAUUUCAAAUGUCCACUAAUUUUUAACUGAAGUCUCACCUGUUAUGUAUAGGCAUCAUAAGUCACUGCAUAGUUGUUUCUGGAAAGCAAGUUUGUUAAUGGACAAUUCAGACUGACUAUGAAAAAAUGGUUCCUCCAUUAGUUUGUUGUACCAUACUCAAUUAAGGUGAGUUUGGUCAGUUAACCUCAAGAGUAGCUAUUUUUAAGAAUGCAGAUGUACAUUAAUUCUUUUAUGAGAAUUUUGAAUACUACUAAGAUUUGUUAUAUAAAAUUAUUUAAAAUAAAAGGAAACUUUGAAUUAAUGACCACA